CUCUGUUCUCGCUCGUCUCGCCUUGGCUUUCUUGCGAUGCCGCUGUUUGAUGUCCCAGGUUGGACUGUGCCUGAUGCACCGGUCUCGAUGUCGCAGAAUGCCAAAAAGCGCAAGCGACCCUCAGAUAGCGAUGCUAAGCUUGAAACCGCGCACAUUAACUUUGAGAAGCUCAUGGAGAAACUGGAGGCAAGCAAUGCUACUUCUCGGCCGGACAAGAAGCAGAAGAUCAAGGAAAAGAAGAGCAGGAAAGGUGCAGCCGGCUUAGUGAGCUCUACAAAACCACCUCGAGUGGAGGGUAGCGGUGUAGGCAAGAAGGGCAAGAAGGAUAAACGGGAGCAGAAGGCUAGGGGAGAGGAGGCCCGAGCCUCUGAGUCGAAGGUUACGGGCUCCGAGCAGCAGAGGUCUGCCGUCCGCUCUGAUUACGCAUCUCCAAAGAGAACGAUCAAGACCAAGCAGCGCGAUAAUCCUACGUCGCCGAUCGCCCAUGGGGAUGUUGCGGGUCCCAGCAAGCAGCAAGACCAGCAACAGCAGAAGUUGACUAAGCUCCAAGCUGGACUGAAGAAUAGCCUAGAUGGUGCACGCUUCCGGUGGAUUAAUGAGGUCCUGUACAAGUCCGACAGUGAACAUGCGCACGAUAUGAUGCGUGAGAAUCCUAAGGUUUACGAGGAGUAUCAUACAGGGUUUCGACACCAAGUCCAAUCAUGGCCAACUAAUCCCGUGGCCCACUACACCUCCGACUACGUCAUCGCAGAUCUUGGGUGUGGCGACGCAGCGCUCGCUCGUGCGCUUGUGCCAAAGGGUUUCACCGUCCUGUCCUUCGACCUCGUAUCAAACGACGCAUACGUCAUUGAGGCGGAUACAUGUGGACGACUCCCGCUACCUGGUGGAGACGCUGUUAACGAAGGCCGAGCCGGCGUGGUCGACGUCGUGGUCUGUGCUCUGAGUUUGAUGGGCACGAACUGGCCUAAUAGCAUCCGCGAGGCGUGGCGCGUUCUCCGACCAAACGGCGAACUGAAGAUAGCGGAGGUGGCGAGCCGAUUUACCAACCAAGACGAGUUUGUCUCAUACAUAUGUUCAUUUGGCUUCCGUCUAAAGACGAAGGAUGACAGCAACACACAUUUCACUCUAUUCGAUUUCAAAAGGGUGGCACGGAAGUCCAAGGGGGAGAAGGAAUGGGAGAAGUUACUAUGCCGCGGCAGUAUUCUGAAGCCAUGUGAAUACAAACGGAGAUGACCGUGGCAGGCUGGUGUCUCUGUUCCAGAAACGUGGCACAUUAGGAGCAUUCUCGAGGAGCAUUCUGACCUCAUGUUGAUUCAGUCCCUGCAGGUGUCACGGCCCACAUCCUUGACCACCCUAGAACUGUAAAGCAAACCUCGUUACAAACAGACUGCCAAACGUUAAGGACAUGCCAUUCUGACUG